UGGUACUUCACCGCCGUCCAACCUCCAUAGUAAAGUGUAUCAAGUUGAAAGCUUGACAAAGAACAUAGGGUUGAAGAAACUGCUCCUCUCCGGCUUUUAACUAUUAUGGCUGGGAGCACCAUCAAGACUGUGCACGAUAUUUUCCAAAGCAUGGAGUACGGACCAGCAGCAGCGUCCAGCACUGCCACUGCACAGGCCUGGCUGGAUCAUCAUUCUCGUUCUCUGGGUCUGUUUAUCGAUGGCAAGUUCAUCCAUCCAGUAGGCAGACAGAGCUGCUCCCUGACUGAUUCUAAAGGUGGAAAUGUGUGCAGCGUAGUGUGCGCUGUGGAGGAUGAUGUCUCCCAAUGUGCGUCCUCUGCUGUCAGCGGCUACAAAGCCUGGAGUGGACUCACCUGCCACCAGAGGGCCAAAGUGCUGCUCAAGUUAGUGAGCGUUCUCGGCCAGCACGGUCAGUGUGUGUCGGAGCUGUGUGAGGCAUGUGGGGCCUCCUGCUCUCCCUCCACCCUUGUCAGACUGCUGCAGUACUACAGCAGCUGGGCUCAGCUCAGAGACACCCUCAUCAGUAACUGGACUCCACUUGGUGUGGUGGCAGUAGUUGUUUCUGAUGACUGCUCCCUAUAUUCCCUUAUGCUCAAAGUCAUACCAGCACUGGCCAUGGGGAACUCUGUCGUCGUCGUCCCUGGUCAGAGCACUGCACCUGCACUGCUGCUGCUCGCACAGCUUUUUAUGGGAGCAGGGCUUCCAGCUGGGGCUCUUAAUGUUUUAACAGGAAGUGACGUGUCACUUGGUGCUAAAGUGGCCCAGAGCCCCAGCAUCAGUUACAUCACCUACAGUGGCAACAAGCAGAAUGGGGUGACUCUCUGUAAGGCCACAGCUGGGAUGAGCGUCCCUGUUUCUUUUUCCCCCUUCAUUGGUGCUACAUGUCCCUUUAUCAUCUUUGAAUCAGCUGACAUUGACAGUGCAGUGGAUGGAGUGAUAGAAACUGCCUUCAAGAAGAAAAGAGAGGUCCACUGGGUGUUGUGCGUUCAGGAGAGUGUACUGGACACUGUUGUGGCCCGUCUCAAGCUGCGCAUGGCAGGGAUGAAGUGUGUGGGCCUGCACAGUGAUGAAGAUAGGGUCCUGGUGGAUGCUGCAGUACUGGCAGCUCAGCAGCAGGGGGCCACGUUGGUUCAGUCCUGCGCUGCACCCCCAACAGGUUCUCAGUACCCCCCAACAGUGCUCUGUGGGUCGGUCCCUUCCUCUCCAUUUGUGAUCAGUCCCUCUCCUGGCCCACUGCUGCCCCUCAUGACCUUCAGAAGCAACACAGAAGCAGUGACCCUGGGAAACCACAGUCCUCAUGGGAAGGCAGCCUCUGUCUGGACUGAAGACCUCACCCUGGCUCUAGAGACAGCUAAGAGUCUGUCAGUCGGCUCAGUUUGGGUGAAUUCCCACUCUGUGUCCGAUCCCUGUCUGUCCGUUUCUGGUCACAAAGACAGCGGGACCUGCACUGACGGAGGACAGGAAGGUCUUUACCAGUUCCUCCGCCCCUCCUCUUCUCCCUCUACUCCUCUCCCUCGCUCAUUCCCUGUCUCUUUGGACUACUCAAAGUUUGGAACCACAGCAUCUCCCACUGUCAUUCCUGAUGACUCGGACCCUGCCAGUGCUCCAAAGCCUUACUUACAGUUUGUGGGGGGUAAGGCAUGUAAAUCAGUGUCUGGCUGCAGUGUGGCUAUACAGUCACCAGGGGGCGGCAGUGUGUUAGCCUACUGUACAGAUGGGGGCCGAAAAGAUGUCCGUAAUGCUGUGGAGGCUGCUAUCAAAGUCCAGCCAGGCUGGAUGAAAAAGAGCCCUUCUGCACGCGCUCAGUCUCUCUACUCUCUAGCUAAGGGCCUGGAAGCAAAGAGGAAGGACAUAUCUACGUCAAUCAAUGUCCAAAGCGGUCUGUCAAUGGAAGAGGCUGAGAAAGAGGUGGAGCUUAGCAUCAUCAGACUUAGUGAUUGGGCAGCCUACUGUGACAAAGUCCAGGGAGGAAAUCUGCCUAUGCCACAGUCUGGCUCUGCUCUCUCAUAUGCUGAAGCCUUAGGAGUCUUGGGGGUCAUCCUCCCUGACAAGAAUACCCUCCUGUCAAUGGUAACACUUCUUGGGGCAGCUGUCGCCACUGGCAAUGCAGUCAUCUUGGUCCCAAGUGAGAAGUACCCACUACCUGCUUUGGCAUUUAUUCAGGUACUCCAGGCUUCAGACCUGCCAGCAGGUUUGGUUAAUGUCAUCUCUGGAAGUAAAGACCAACUGACAGCAGCUCUGGCUCAUCACAGCGUCAUCAAGGCCAUCUGGUACUGGGGCAAAGCUGAGGGCUGUCAGUUCCUCCAGUACACCUGCACCAGCCCCCUGAAGACCUUGCGCCUUUUCUGCCAAAAUGACGCUGGAGAAGACGGAGGGAAAGACUGGUGUCAUUCUUUGGUCCUGGAAGAGAUGUGGAGAAAUGCCGUCCAAUGGAAAAGUGUUUGGAUUCCUACAGCAUGAGAGACAGAGGGAGAGAGUAUGAAAAGUGAAAUAUAUAUAAUAAAAUGUAACCUUUGGGGCUUGGAUUUAAAUGGAAGGAUUGUUUGAAAAAUUGGAUGUUAGUUAAAUUACCGUUAAAGUAAGAACACCACCACCCUCCUUAAUAACUGCUGCAACACGUGCCAACUUACUUUACUUGCAUUAGCAGUUUACAACUUCGUGACUUCUGCUCUUCAAAGGUGCUAUAUAAAUAAACUUUACAUACUAACUUACUUUCAUACAGCGGGGAAACUGAACAGUGUGGACCUUCUAGUUGUGAACUUAGAGUUUUUUAAAGCACAGUUACUACUAUAAAUGAUUUAGUUAGCCAGACAUGCUAACUAUUGGUUUUGUUUUUUAGGUGGUAAUUAUUUCUUGAGGCAGUUGUUUCAACAUCUUAUGGCCAAUCAUUUUUAUAUGCAAGAAAUCAAACAUUAGUGAAACCUAAGGUCUCAGGUAAUGCGACAAGGGCUAGCAGAAACAAAACAAACCUGACAAAUCAAAAUCAAAGAUGAAUAAGGAAUUGUAAAUGUAAAACCCUCAGCUUUCAAAUGUGUUGGUGGGCUCCAAUAUUGAAACACAAAUAAAUAUAAUAAUAAUAUAAUAUUUAAAUACAAAUAUUUAAAAAACAUGCAACCUUAAAAUUAAGAUAUAAUAUAAAAAAAUAUUGACUAAUUUAAAUGUAUUUAAAUUUGAAGUUUCCCACAAAACAAUUCAAAUGCUCCCAGAAAUCAUGAAGUCCUGCCCAAAAAAACGGUGAAUGUCUUAAUUGGUUAUAACAUGAUUUGUUAGAAAGGUCACUUGUGAGACAAUGGGGGGGGGGGUUGUAGAAGGAAGUGAGUCAGCAGAAUGAGACAUCAAAAGAUUAAAUAUAUUAACCAACUUAAUACGGAGGUUAUGGCAGAAGAAGCUACAGUGACUCAAUCUGGGUUUCAAACACAUUUACAAAAAGCACUUAAACAGGCACUGAAUUAGAAAGGGGUUUAUAUUAAACUUAACAUUUCCUUUUAUGAGGGUCAUAUGUCUACAGUAUCGCUGAAGCAUUAACCUGUGACUGUUGCUUUAAUUGUGAACAUCUACAAUGGGGUGAUUUAAAUGACCUAUUCCUCCAUUCCAAUAAAGACAGCCAGUGUCGGUCAUUCCUCUCAGUAAAAAGUCCACCUGACAUUUGCUCUGCUGUUUGUGCAAUCAUAACACAUGACCUCAUAACUUUCUACCUCUUCUUCUGCAAUCACGUUGUUUUUCAUACACGCCACACCUCUGGUUUAUUUCUACUAUUCUGACUUUCCAGGCAGAUUUGAAGAUAGCAGAACCCUGGUUCAGAGAAUAUUAAGAGGACUCUUGAGAUUUUGAAGUACAUUAGAUCAUAACAGAGACUUGUUCAUUUCAUUACAAUGUCUCAGUUGAAGUAGUAAUUUGACUUCAAAUAUAUCUCUUUUUUCAGUCUACCACUUAAAACCUCACACGUCUUAAAGGUUCUGUUCAUGACUGAGCAAAAGUCUCUCGAUCAUGGUUUGACUCAAUCGAAACAUUCUGUACUGUUUAUCAUUAAUACUGUAUAAUCAUUCUGUUUUAAGCCAUGAAAGUGCCCUUGCAGCAAACAUUCCCUGUAAAAUGUUGUGUGUUUCCAUGUCCAAAUUCACAUUGUAGAAAAAUAUGUUUCAUGCAGAUCUGUUCAUGUCCCUGUAUGCCCUGUUUCACUGAAUGCAAUUCAUAAAAGAAGAUCACAUUUAAUGGA